AUGUUUGACGCCCCCAUCUCGAUCGACGCCAUACUCUACAAAUUCGCCACUAGACAAAUCACGAUUGUCUUGAAACAUGACUGCGUCACAUACCUCGAUGUCGAGAAGGAGAGCGAGGUGCAAGAUUUCUUGAAGCAUUUGGAUAUAAUAGCGGAUCCGCGAGGUCUGGCGUCUUCGUACGACACCUUUUCUCCACCUUCCUUGGACGUCAACCGCUGCAGCGACAGUCGCUACGGCGAGAUCAUGGCGUCGCUCUUGCUCAACCUCCCGGGCGAGAUCAGGAACCGGGUGUAUACGCUGGUGCUCGAGCACGACGCGGCAGUCACGAAGAUCAAGCACAAGAAAGAAUUCAAGCGCCUCACGUCCUACAAUACCUACGAUUCAUGGGAGGAUAUGUAUUAUGGAAGGUGGUCUAGAAAGAAGGAGGAAGCCGGACCGCCGAACAGCUAUGCUGGACUUACACGCGUCUGCCGUCAAAUCCGCGAGGAAUAUCUACCAUCUUCUCGGGCCGUUUGGAACGUGAUGUAUGCUGGAUACGAUGAUCUCGUCGAUCUUCCCGCUAUCCUUCUCAACGGACAUACCCAUCGCAAUAUCCUCACAGGUCUAGAGAUUCGAGUCCGAACGACAGACAUGGCCAUGAAUUCGCAUGUCGACUUGCUCCCAAUCCUACGUGCAAGCGCCAACCCCCAAACCGGGUUCCGGUGUGGUGUCGACAAGUACGAAAAACUAAACGAGGAGCUCUAUCUCGGGUACUUGCUUCUCUAUCGCAUUCUAGAACACAAGCACAAGGACUGGCUGGCAAUGCUCCGCGAGUCUGCCUUCGUCGACGCUAUACUCUUCAACCUUACCUCGAGGGACAUCAAGAUCGUGCUCGGCCACAAAGGUGCUGCGUACAUUGACGGGGAGAACGCAAGCCAGGUGCGCAAUCUCUUGGAGUCGAUGGAAGUAGUCAAGGAGACAAGACAUUCCGGGACACUCGUUCUUCGUAUUUCAGGCGCCAGUGUUUCGGUGACUCAGUCACCUGCUUCAGAGGACGUUUGA